AUGAACCAAAUAGUCGAAGAUGCAGGGUCGUUGGACGUCUUCCGCUGGCCAUCCUCAUCGCCCCCAAGCCCUGAAAAUCUGGAACAUGCCGCCCGUCUCUGUCAAGGAGCAUUAGGGAGCACUAGCGUAGCCGUCGUGGCCACACCAUACAAUCAUGCUGGCUGGUCAGCCCAAGACUGUAUCAAGGUCUCGUUUCCUUCCGAAAAUCGAAGUUUUAUCGCCAAGGUUCCACGUUUGGUGGACGAAAAUUCAGCCACUGCCUGCAAAAAUGAAGCCCAGAGGGCCUCUUGGGCAUCUCAACAUCAAAUCGGACCAGCUGUGAUUGCAAUUGAUGAUUUAAGUGGGGCUUUUGCGAUGGAGUUCCUUUCGGGACAGACGCUGAGCGCGCAAAUGAUGCUUCAAGAUCAUUUGAAGACGUGUACCAUCGGGCUUCUUCGUCGUAUCCAUGAUGCCCCGAGCCAGCACUAUAUGCAGAUUUACAAUGCUCCUGCGGCUGUCAAACGUAUGCUUCAAGCCGCUGACAAAGAGCGCUUACUCGACGGGGAUGAUGGAUUGUUGCUUGAGAGCCUCAUCACAUGGACGUUUCAGAAAGUGGGAUGUCAGCCGACUUUUCAGACUCUAGUGCCCUGUCACAACGAUUUUCACAGUCAAAAUAUCAUGCUAGAUCAACAAGGAACAUUAUGGGCUAUCGACUUUGAGGAUUGCGAUCUGGGAGAUCCAAUGUGGGAUUUAGGCUACUUGACCGCUAAUAUGGGGUUAGAACCUCUUGACCUCGCCGGGAUCUAUGGCUGUAAUAUGGAGCAAAAGAAGAGGUUGGAAGUGUUUUACUAUUUGGCCAUUGGCCAUUGUGCUGUUUGGUCUGCAAUUCAUGGUCCUUUAUGGACUCAACAUUAUCGUGACUGCAUGCUCAGAUUGCGCAGGGGUUGGUUAAGGCUAUAG